UGAGCAGACAGCCGGUGACCUGGGAGCCGAUCCGCACCCGGCCCGGCCGGCCGCGCAACCGCAAGCAGGAUCGGAUCCCCGAUGCCGGCCGCUCGCCGGCGAUCGAUCGGACCGAGGCGCGCACGAGCGUCAGACCGCUGACUCUCGCCUCCAUCUGAAAGCAUUUCUUUUCCCAGUUUUUUAAGCAGGAAUCGGUGGCCUGUCCGCGUCUUCCCUGUCGCGGCAGAAAAACAAAUGAAUCCGGCCUGAAAAGGCCGCGCCUCCCUCCCUCCCGUCCCCAUCCCCUGAUCGGGUCGCCUCCCCCUCCCCCGUCGCAUCUCCAUUCCCGAGCUGCCACCGGGCUCGCUGUCGACCGUCUCUCCGUCCCUGACCCCGAGCCAAGCUCCCCCAUCCUUCCAUUUUCCCCUACUUCCCGAAAGGUCGCGAAAAUCUGACACUCACUGUCUGUCUGUUCUUGGCGAGUUCCUUGCCCGAGGUUCUUUGCUGGUGUGAUUGGUUGGUAGGCCAGUCUUGUCGUCAUUUCUAGUUGCUACUUUGGUUGGGUUUCUUGCUGGAGCGUGCCUCCUCUCCCGUCUCGUUGACUCGCGCAUUCCGUCGAGCACCUCCCGCGCGCCGCCGACUCUGGAGAUUUCACGGUUUAUUCAGUGAACGGGCAGAGUUUACUGGUUUCUUUGGAGCCCACCUCCAUGCGGCUACCAGCGCGGGCUUCUUGUGGAUGGACUACACCGGUUGCUGCAUGUUGAAAUCAUGAAGGUCUCUCAGUAUUGCCAGUGCGAGUUUUUUUGAUUCGGCAGACAGUAUCGGUGAAUUACCUGACACGAUAGACCUUGCGCACAAGCAUAGGAUCGGCGGUGCUGGGGAGACUACGAUGGAUGAUUUGGAGUUUGGGAACCAGUCCUUUAUGCUGUCCUCCAAGGAUGAUAGUUUCCUUUUUCCGGGGAGCAGUAUGCGGCACGAAUCAACGUCAGAAGAGACAACCGUGUCUGGGAAAAUGGCAGCGUCUGAGUCGAGGAAGGACAGAUUAGGGAACAAUGGAACAAGCAAGGUUUCCAGAACGGGUUCAGGGCUUGGCGCUGCCGGGUAUGGGAGAGCAGUGGAGAUUCUGGACACACUAGGCUGUCUGAUGACAACCUUGACUCCAGAUGGUGGCUUUACUUCUAGAGCGACCAAAGGGACCCAGAUAUCAAUUCUAGCUUUUGAGGUGGCUAACACGGUACUGAAAGGAGCGAGCGUUAUGCAAUCUCUCUCCGAAGACUCUGUUACAUACUUCAAACAAGUGGUGCUUCCUUCUGAAGGCGUGCAGAGUUUGAUUUCAAGUGACAUGGAUGAGUUGAUGCGGAUUGUAGCUAAUGACAAAAGGGAAGAGCUGAGAAUAUUUUCACAAGAGAUUGUCAGGUUUGGCAACCGUUGCAAAAAUGCGCAAUGGCAUAAUCUGGACCGCUAUUUUGUCAAACUAGAAUCCGAAAACGUACCACAGAAGCAGCUGAAAGAAACAGCCACAGUAGAGAUGCAAAAGUUGAUGACUCUUGUUCAGCGUACAACUGAUUUGUAUCACGAGCUACAUGCCUUAGAUAGAUUUGAGCAAGAUUACCGUUGUCAACAGAAGGGAAAUGAAACUUCAAAUAAGGUUGAAAAAGGAGACAAUGUUCAAGUUCUGAGACUGGAGUUGAAGACCCAAAGAGGUUACGUGAAGAGCUUGAAGAAAAGAUCUUUGUGGUCAAAGACAUUGGAGGAUGUUGUUGAGAAGCUUGUUGACAUUGUGCAGUAUUUACAUGCUGAGAUCAAUAUCUCAUUUGGAACUUCUGAUGUAGGUGAACUGAGUUCUGAAUCAACAGUGGACUCUCUAAGACUAGGACCUGCGGGACUUGCAUUGCACUAUGCAAACACUAUCAUACAGAUCUAUGGCAUUGUUUCUCGAUCAGGGUAUGUACCUGCAAAUUCAAGAGAUGCCCUCUACCAAGGGUUGCCACCAAGGGUCAGGUUGGCUCUACCAAAUAGAUUAAGAACUUCCUCAAUACCUCGGGAGCUCACUAUUGACCAAAUAAGGUCAAUGAUGGAGAAAACUCUGAAAUGGCUUGUUCCAAUGGCCAUCAAUACCACCUGUGCCCGAGGCUUCUUGAGGUUUAGUGAAUGGGCAAAAUCAGGGACCGAGCGUGUUGGAAGAGGACCAGGUCGACCGGACGUGAUCGAGACACUCUACCAUGCUGACAAGACAAGGACGGAGGCUUACAUACUGGAGUUGGUCGUCUGGCUUCACCACCUUGUCAGCCAGAGUAACCGGCCAGCAAAUGUUAAAUAGCAAUCCAUUUAACCGGCAGCAGGUCACUGGGUCCUGAAAAAGCUAUCACUACACAGAAGCCGUGGCCUGGAAACACGCAGGUCCUAUGAUCUGUUUGGUUUUCGUUGCUAGGCUGUAGAUGGGAACUGUGCUGUUCUUACCCAGGGAGGACCUGAAUCGAUUAAGUAGGAAAAGGAGAGCUUCUCCUUUGAUCUUUUGGUUUCUGUGAGGGUUCUUUUGUAAUAGUUUUUCAUAUAUAUGGUGUUGGCAUUGGUCCGUACGAAAGGUAAUAACGGCUCGAAAGAUAAUGGCAAAGAAAAACAUAAUCCUGUACCUAACAUGAGUAUGUAUGCAUGCAGAAGCUGCUAAAGAUUUGGUUGGUGUCAGUGUGUCA